AUGUCUCUACCGUACAAUCCGGCUUCCAAUGGAUACACCGGAGUGGAAAGUCAUGGCUCACCUUUGUCAGAAAGGAACUUCCCAUGUGGUUCUCCUAUCGCGAUCCCUGCUGGUCGUUACUCGCAGCCGGACUUCAGGUGCUGGGAUCCUGUACCCUUCUUUCCAGAACUCGCUGAAUACCCCGAAUGUAUCGAUCAAGUUGGCGGUUUCGAAGAAAUACAAUCAUGUGAAGUCCCCCAAGUUGAUGCUCAGAAUACAAUUCAUUCAGAUCCACUCUACACAUCCCUUCAAGAGAAUCCCAUUUAUGGCAGCGAAGAAAUUCAAUUUCCACCAGAACCGCUGCCACCACCUCCAAUAACAGACAUUCCUGUGGAGCCUGUACAGCAGAUAGUACAUAGCCAGCAAAUAGUGGACACUAGUGCUCAGGGUAUUGGAGUGUUUGAAGAAAUCACUCAUGCUCGAUGUAUUGACUGUGAUCAGAUUGUCGAUUCCCGUGAGAAAUCUCACACAAAGGCGUCUUGUAAGCUCAUCAGGAAUCACAGUUGUGAUCAGUGCAGUCAGUCGUUCAAUUUCCAACAAAACCUCUUUGUGCAUAAAAUUGUGGAACACCUCUCUCAGAUGUCAUAUGUUGCCGGCACCGAAUGCGACUUCUGCAGCACUAGGCGUAAGAAGAAGGCUUUUCAACGGUAUUCGGCUUAUGUGGCGCAUGUGAAGUCUCACGUGAAACCUGAUCAGUACUUCUGCUCUUCAUGUUCAGAGGAGUUCUCCUACUUUACGUUGUUCCAACGGCAUCGUCGAUUAGCGCAUGGAGCUACGGACACAGAAGAUAUACCAAGAGGAUUUUCUACGGAGGUCGGAUUCUGCCCACAGUGUUCUUCAUUGAUAGCUAUCGAUCAAAUCGAUACACAUCGUCUUCUCCAUCAACUUCAUUCAAGGCUUGGAAAAGAGAAACAAAUCCCGAGAUGGAAGCGUAGUGCCAUGAAAGCAAUUGAGAUACCAGAUGAUCCGUCGACCAUUGAAUCAAAUGAGAAUGGCCGAGGAAAAUCGCGGGUUCCGAAGAGACAGCCACGGAAAACUCAUGCUUGCCCACAAUGCAAGAAAAUCUUUUUGAGGCCAGCAGAGCUGAAGAGGCAUUCUGUGGUGCAUGCCGAAGUACGGCAGAAAUGGAAGUGUGUGCAGUGUGAAAGCGAGUUUUCUCAUAAAGCCGGCUUGGAGAGUCACAAGAAAACGGUUCAUGUUGAUCCGCUCAAUUCUUUCGUCACUUGCAAAAUCUGCUCCCAAACAUUUGUCAAGCAAUCAAAUCUCAAUCGUCAUAUCAAAAAGCAGCAUCCUAUUCAAAUCGAAAAAGCGGUACUUGAUUGCCCAGAGUGCAGUUGUGUAUUCUCAAGUCAUCGAACUCUCACAAGGCAUCGAAGGGCUAUUCAUGGAACAAUGUAUUUUCCGUCGUUUCGUUGCAAAACUUGUGAUCGUACCUUCCUAAGAGAGACACAGUUACGACGUCAUAUGGUUAUUCAUAACGCCGACGAGGCACAGAAACCAUUUUCAUGUAAUCGAUGCCAUAAGAGAUUCAAUUUGAAGUCGACGCUGAAACUGCAUAUGGAUGUUCACUCCCGCAAAGAUGUGGAUGAUCCCAUUUUGACAAACCCGAAAUGUCCGGUGUGCAUGAAACACCUUUCCUCACGUAAUGCUUUGAGAAAGCAUAUGGCAGUCCACGAACUAAACUACGAGUGUUCUGUAUGUUUCCAGAAGUUCUCGACCCUUCAUCGACUGGACAAACAUCGCUGUGUUCCACUCACAGUACUCCCAGAAGAGGUAGAUGGUCAGUUAACUGAACUGUCGACUACAACGAAACGUCAGUCGCUAGGUGAUGUUCGACAACCGUCUAAAAAUUACCAGUGCCAAUGGUGUCCAAAUUCGUUUUAUUCAUUCCGAGCUUACAAAGAACACUGCUCACAGCAUCGUGGAUUACGGCCACAUCUUUGCUGGACUUGCCAUAAGUCGUUCAGAACCAGUGAACUACUCGAACUUCACAAGGAGGUACACAAUCGUGGUCCUAUUUACUGCGAAUUUUGUCCUGCGAUCCUCCAAGGGCGGCCGCAGUACACGCAACAUGUACAGGCGCGGCAUCAACCUGAGUCAGGCGUCGAGAAACACACAGGAGUUGAUUUAACAGAUAGAGCUGCUGGUGCGGUGUCAGCACAGUUUCCAGAACUCACAGGGCGUGAACUGGCUGAAAGUUUUUUCCGCACUCGUGCUCAGUCAGUCACUCAAAAUGAUGUUGAGCCAGCAGGAGACCCAGUUGUGCCAGAUGAUCGCCCACUCCGCUGUCAGGUGUGCAGCCAUCUGUACGACACUGUUGCAUAUUUGGUGAGCCACUGGAUGAAUUGCGGAUUCGAUCGCGAUCAUUCGUUCAGUGUAAUUUCAUGCCCGCUAUGCAAAACAUCUUUGAAUGGUGUGACGGUCGGAGCAGAACACGUGAAAGAGUUCCAUCCCCACAUUAUUGCAAACAUAGAAAAGCAGAAAGGAAGGAUAGAACCUAUAGAACAGUUCGAAGAGUUGAACGAACGUGGUGAUGAUGAGACAGAUGAUAAUGACGACGACGGUGAUGAUGAUGAUGAUGAUGUCGAUUAUGUUGUGGGAAUGGAAUCAAAGUCAAAGGCGAAAAAGGCAAAAGUGGUCAUACGCGAGGCGAAACCGCAUAAAUGCCGAACGUGUAAUGCGGCGUUCUCGAGGCCUAGUGACCUUGUCAGACACAAUUACGUGCACACAGGGGAGAGGCCCCAUGUGUGCGAUACAUGUCAGCGAGCAUUCCGUACCUCCAGUGCCCUCUAUGCUCACGCCCGCACCCAUACAAGAACGGAACCCGAAUUUCCGUGUGUUGUUUGUGGUUCGAAGUUUUUCUCGAAAGGUUCCUUAGUGGUUCAUUUGAGAAUUCAUAGUGGAGAAAAGCCUGUGAAGUGUCGGCACUGCGAUGAAAACUUUCGUACGAGUGCAGACCGUAAACAACACGAAAUUACUUGGCAUGGAGCGCCUGGUAGCCAUAUUUGCAAAGGCACUCCCUGCUCAUACUGUAGUGCGUCGAAACGAAAACGAUUACGGGACCAGAAGCGCGCCGAGCAAAAAACACUAGCACCAAUCUCUGGACCAACGGCACCUCUAAUAGGACCUCCUGCUAGCAAAACUAUACUGCCUGUGAAACAGAUUCCUGCAGUGCCUGUAAAACAGUUUAUUGAUACGGCGGCGCAGAUCACGGCGCUCCCGGCCAAUCCGAUAAAGAUAUCGGCAGGUUCUGCGUUUGUACCGCUAGCAAAAGGCGCAACAAUACAGCCGUCAGAUGUGGAGUACUUCAUCACCGCGAGGCGCAUAUCCCAUAAUGAAUAUACGGUGACAUUUUCCAAGUCGAAGCCGAAGUCCAUAAGAUCCAAGGUUGACACAACACUUAACCUCACCGCUAGUCUUCUACUGGACUCGGCAUCGAAAAACUCCUCAAUCCUGCUUACACUUAGCGACUCUCAAAUACUUAGCAUCUCAUGUGCUGGUGCAGUGAAGGCAUUGCAAAGUUGCGAUACCGUGGUGAUGAGAGCUCGUCCAGCUGACCCAGUUUGCCCAAGUAUAGUAGAACUACUUGCACCUCAAGAAACGGUGGAAUUUGUGACGAGGAAAGAUGAGCGCACUGAUUUCACAUGCAAACUGUGUGGAAGGAAAUUUCUGGACAUGGAACCAUUGGUGGCUCAUAUUCGAUUGGAGCACGAACGCGAUCACCCUCAAGGAAUUACUCGCCCUGUUGCAAGAACUGCUCCUAUACACUAG